AGGGAGCUUCAGGAAGCUGGGGAGGAGAAGACGUUUCACAAAAGAACUGGUGGCUACUCCAGCUUCUCCAAACAACCCUUGUCCACAAGUGGCAAACAUUCAAGAAGAAGCACCAUGGCUCUUAACAUCUUAACAGCAGUCAUAAGAAAGAAACUUGAAUCACUGAAGGAUGACAAAAGAACCACAAAUCUCACUGAUCUGAUUGCCCAAUGUGAUGAAGAUUUGGAUUUCUUAAGAAACACUACUCUUGACAUCGCCAUCACAGGGGUGUCGGGUGCUGGAAAAUCAUCGCUUGUCAAUGCUCUGCGAGGAAUGGCAGACGAUGAAGAAGGGUCAGCCAAGGUUGGGGAUACAGAAACAACCACAGAGCGAAAGGGCUAUCCACACCCCACGUUCCCCAAAGUAACAGUAUGGGACCUACCAGGAAUUGGGACUCCUCGAUUUAAUGCAAAAAAAUACCUGAAGAAAGUAGCUUUUAAGCAGUAUGAUUUCUUCAUCAUCGUCGCCUCAAAUCGCUUCACUGAGAAUGAUCGUGACUUGGCUAAUGAAAUUCGGAAGAUGAAGAAGAAAUUUUUCUAUGUACGUUCCAAAAUAGAUCAGAGUAUAAAUGCUGGAAGAAGAAAAGCAGACUUCAAUGAGGAGGGAUGCCUGGAAAGGAUUAGGAAGCACUGCUGUGACAAUCUGACAAAGGCAGGAGAAUCUAAUCCAAAGGUUUUUCUCAUUUCCAGUUGGGAUUUGAGUAUGUAUGAUUUCCCCCUCUUGGAAGAGACCUUGGAGAAUGACCUGGAUGAUCUCAAGAGAGAUGCUUUAAUUCUAGCUAUGCCAGCUUUCUCCAAAGAAGUCCUGGAGAGGAAAAAGGCUGCUAUGGAGUGCUACAUACAGGUUGCAGCCCUUGUGUCUUGUGGCGCUGGGGCAGUUCCUGUCCCUGGCCUCUCUCUUGCCUGUGAUAUCAGCAUCUUGAUUGGAGCAAUGACUUAUUUUUAUGAUGUCUUUGGUCUGGAUGAAGGUUCCCUCCAUAGACUUGCAAACCGGGUUGGCAAACCUGCUGUUGUGUUGCUGUCAGCUGUUAAAAAAUCCCCAACGGCCCAUGACAUCACCUUUCAAUUGGUAGCUGAUCUGUUGUCUAAGGCAGCCUUGCAACAAGAACUGAUGCUGAUCAAACCUACUCUUAAAUUUGUGCCAGUAUUGGGCUCUCUAGUUGGUGGAGCGCUUUCUUAUGCAACAACAUUCUACAUCCUGAAGAACUUUCUGGAUGAUGUUGUGGAAGAUGCUGAGAAUGUCCGGGCCAAAGCUAUGGAGUCCCAUCCUGAGUAAACGUCCAAAACACCCGUGUGGAGAACUAACUGAGGCAAACAGCACAGGACUUUGAUGCAGAGGACAAGAAACCCAAACUUCAGAACUGAUUCUAGGUAUCAUACCUACGUUGGAUGUCCUAAUUUCUGGGGCUGACCUUUUGGAGCCACUUUCUCCCUGCUGAAAAGCUUUCUGGAGGGAAAACACUGAAAGAAAAUGCUCAGAACAUUCAAGAAAAGCUGCUGAGCAUAAAGAGUCCUAAGACUCCCAACGAAAGACCCACCUGAAAAGAAAAUCAAAGGCACCAAACUGAUGAAUGGUUCUCAUGACCUAAAUGGUGGAAAGAAGAGGAAACAGGAUUUCAAUUUCUGAUUGGAAGCCCCACCUCCAUAUUUUAAUCUAAAACUCGUCAAGUCAGUCUUUAUUGGCAUAUAUCAGUAGGUCAAAGUCAUUGUAAAAACAUACAAGUAGGACACUGUAUUACAAAUACACUGAAUAAGAUCAUAGGUUACAACUUUACUUUUUCUUGGUGCAGCAGCAUGGCAGAUUGAAGGAACUUAGCCACCUUCUCAAUUACUUCAGCAGAGGAGUCAUUCAAAAGUUCAUAAACUUUGUGGGAAUCUGAAAGACCCAUCAUGUUGGUCAAUAUAGAGUUUAGAUAUUUAGAGUGUAUAUUUAUAUAAAAGUGACAGUGCAACAAAACUGGUAAGAUCGUCUCAACACAUCUAGAUUUACAAGGGCAAUGUCUAGCUGCAUAUGCUGUCUUAUUGAAUCUGCCGUAUAGAAUGGCAGAUGGCAUGGCAUUGCAUCUGGCUUAAGAGAAAGCUCUGCAUAGUUGUGGCACCUGUAGGGAGGAUAAAUAUGAUGCCAUCCUACCUACAGUGAGAGGUAUCUCUAAGCUCAGAGGAGAGCAGGUUUUGUUGGCGAGACUAUGUAACUCCUGACACUCAAUAUCCAACAUUCUCUGUUCAAUCAACUUAACUGCACCUGCUAAUGGGAGCGUAGUCAGCGAAUCCAAAAAUAUACCCAUGGCUUUAAUUUUCCCUCAAUAUAUUUUAGGCAGUUUGACAUGUUAGACUCUGAAAGCAUUUGGUAUAUGAGGCUACCUGGGCCAGAAUUAUAAUGCAGAUGUAGCGACUAUUUAAAUGCCAAUAGCCAUGCUCUGGUUUCAGCUAGAGUCAGACCAGUUUCUAAGCAAACUCAGAGUGAACAAUCUGAUCGAGUACCAUAGUGGCAAAUAAAUACAAUUUUCAGUUUCCUUAUAGGAAACUCUUUCAGGUUUACUGACUCAGUGUACCAAACACCCAAAAACAACACAGGUGACUAGGGUUCCCAAGUACCUACCUACGAACCGGCGGGGGACACAUGCUUCCCCGCCGGA